GGGCGUCAUACGUCAUCAUUAAUCGACUGUUUGUGUUCUGAAAAUAUGCGGCGCGUGGCUCAUGCUUUCGCUUUACUUUCACUGAAUAGAAAUUUUUCUGAGUAAAUCAUGAGCAUGGACCUGACGUUCCUGGGCACGGGCUCGGCGUACCCUUCUCCUCACCGCGGGGCAUCGGCGCUGGUGCUGCGGACAGACGGGGACUGUUGGCUGUUUGACUGCGGAGAGGGCACACAGACUCAGCUCAUGAAGAGCCAGCUCCGAGCCGGUAGGAUCACUAAGGUGUUUAUCUCUCACCUUCAUGGGGACCACGUGUUCGGGCUGCCUGGUCUGCUCUGCACUGUGAGCCUGAACAUGACCUCUGAUCCCCCACAGAGACCCCGCUGUGUGGACAUCUUUGGACCUCGUGGGCUCAGACACCUCCUCAGAGUCACUCUGGGGCUGACUGCAUCACAGCUGCUCUUCCCUUAUGCAGUUCAUGAACUGGAGCCCACAUCUGAUCAGAGUCCUGAGGAAGGACAGCUCAGCAGGGAGGUGACAAUGGAGCACGGGUCCCUCCACCCGCAGGAGCAGGUGGGCCGGAGCAUUCCCCUGGAUCCCCACUCUGAUACUUACCUGCUGUUUGAAGACGAGCGCUUUGAGGUGAAGGCCUUCAGGCUGUAUCAUCGAGUGCCCUCCUUUGGCUUCUGUGUUCAGGAGAGAGACCGGCCGGGGAGGCUCAAGACUGAACUGCUCAAGGAACUAGGCGUUAAACCAGGUCCACUGUACGGCCGUCUGAAGUCUGGACAGAGCCUGACUCUGGACUGUGGGCGUGUGCUGACCCCAGAGGAGGUACUGGAGGAAGACAUCCCGGGGCGAAAGGUGUGUGUGCUGGGUGACUGUAGCUCUGUCCUGGGCUCAUCGUCUCGGCAACUGUGUUCUGCAGCAGAUAUUUUGGUUCACGAGGCCACACUGGGAGAUGAGCAGAGGGAGAAGGCAGUGGAGCACGGACACAGCACCCCAAAGAUGGCUGCCGCAUUGGCCCAGGAAUGCAAUGUGCGUAAACUGGUGUUGUAUCAUUUUAGUCAAAGGUACAAACCCUCAACGCUGCAAAAGGAAGGGGAGGGGGACGAUAUUUGUGAGCUAAAGAGACAGGCUGAGGAAGCUCUACAAGGCACUGGCACUGAGGUGGUGUUAGCAGAGGACUUUCUUACUCUACAAAUACUACUAAAAAGGACCAGGUAGCAAAAGAUGUUUUGAAGGGCCUGUAUUAUGCUAUUUUCUGAUCUAUGUUAUAAUGUUUUGUCCUUCAUUCACACGUUUAACACACAAACCCUGCAUAUUUUGGCUAAGUUCUUCUCAAAAACCGAAAACCUUGUGAUGUCAUGUGGUAAUACAGGAAACCCUCCACUGUUUUUUUUUAACUCCAUACACCUUCACUAGAAUCAUUUGGAUGAUUUCAGCUCUGGAAUUGCUAGUCUCUACUGAGCUAAUGGUAAAAGGAGCUGUUAACUUUACGGUACUGCCACUAAAUGACAUCACAAGGUGAAACAGUGCAUUGAUCUUUGGAGAUGCAGACAGCCUGUUAAUUCAGGAUGUGUGAAUGAAACAAAACUGAACUCUGGGUAUAUUUUGAGGAGGUAACUACAUUGUAAGAUGGUUUAAUGCUGUUACCUUCUCCUUUUAAUUUUGUGGGGUUUUUGGCAGUACUGUAAUUACUAUUUGGUGUGCAGAUUUAUGCCAAAGCUUUUAGACCUAAAGUCAGUGCACUGUUUGCAUACAGUCAUUUAUGGCUGGCUGUCAUAGUGUGAGUUCAAUUUUUUAGUGUACAAUGCAUUUAUUUAGCAUUACCCAAGACCAGACUGAAUACAAUUCUAAUAGGUUUUGUGCACAACAGGACCCAGCAACCCCACUGUUAGCGUCACUACUUCCUGUCUUAUUGUAUCUCUGUGAGGUUUUUGAUGAUUCACACUAACAUUAAUAAAUAGUUAAAUAUUUGAAGACACUACAUAAAUAAAAUUAAUACUUCAGUGGAGGAUCCUUCUGUGUUUAGAAAGAGAGAUGUCUCGAUGCUAACACUAAUGCUGAUUUUGAGGUAUAAUAAAUAUUAAAACAAUGCAACAAACUGAAGCAAUCUACAUAUAAAAAUAAUUGGGUAGUCUUUAUUUUAAUUCAUUUAAAUUUUAAUUGGUUGUUUAUUUUAUGUUUUCCAGUUUUUAAUAAAAGCGACUGUUAGCUUUGAGGCAGUGAGCUCGCUAGUGUGUUGCUGUGCACAAAGCCUACUAGAAAUUUCAAUGCAAGAAAACUCAAAUUAAGAUUCAUUAGAACUGUGUUUAAGAAUUGUGAAAGAAAUUGCACAAUUAUAUGGAUAUGUAUUUACACAAGGGACCCUAAGCCAAUCUAAAGUACUAAGCAGCUAUACUCCGUGCUUUAGUCUAGACCCUACCAAAAACAGCCUUUAGAAUAUGAAAUGUAUUUAUAAUCGGUACAUAAAGUAUUUUUUGUGGUUGCUGUAUUUUUAAUAAUGAUGACCAUGUUUUCGAACCUUUACCAGAGGUUUAUUUCUGGAUCUGUACACAAGGUAUUAAAGAACAACAGAAAAUACAAAAUAAAGUUUACCAAAAGAAAAAAAAAAUGCGAUGUUUAUGUACAAUUAAUAUAAACAAUAAAGAUAGCUUCUGGAACAUU